AUGUCUCUCCCAGCGUUCUCCUUCCCCUUCACCCACUGGACCUCGUCCGCGCUCUCCCUGACCAGCACGGCCACAGUAACCACCUCUUACCAAAGCCGGACGCACCUCCUCCUUGGCCUCUCAACAGGGGAGAUCAGCGUCUUCCAUCUCCGUUCUACCUCUCCACCCCAGCUUCUCGGGCGGCUGCUCGGCCACCGCGCGCCCAUCCUCUCGCUCCACCCCCUCGUCUCCCCCUGCGAAACCGCCGCCGCCGCCGCGGGAGAAUACGUCCUCAGCCUCGAUGCGCAGGGCGCGCUGUCGAAAUGGAGUACCGACGACUGGCGCUGUGUCGUGGCUGCGCCUGCGCCCGUGGUGGAGAGGCCGAGGGGGUUGAAGGUGCUGGGCGGUGUGCUCGCCGUGUACGCGUGUGCCACGCAGGUGGUCCUUGUGGAUCCGGUUAGUCUGGAGACGGUGGGGGUUUGGGGGGUGAGGGAUUGGGCUGUUCCUUUGGAAAUGUGGGAGGGGGAGGGGGUGGGCGGGGAGGUGGGGGAGAAGGAGGGGGAGGGAGUGCUGACGCUACUGGCCACUGGAGAGGUCGAGAGCUGGGUUGUGGAAAGGGAUGUGGGGAAGGUUGCAGGCGGGGUUGUGGUCCGGAGGGUUUCGGGGGUGAGGAUGGUAGGGGUGCGGGAGGAGUGGGGGCGGAUUACGGGGUGGGAGGCGGUGGAUGGGGGCUGGCUGGUCGUGCAAGACCGCGGGUUGUCGUUUCAUACGCUGGCUGCUGCUGGCUCCGCGGGCUCCGCAGGCUUCGUGAAGAUGCAUGAGGUCGCGGUGCCCGCGAGGGUGGUCAGCGUUGAGCUGGGGACCGCACGCAGGACGCUCAUUGUCCACACCGGCGAUGGGAGGGUUAAGGUUUUUACGGUCAAGGGGCAGCAAUUGGAGGAGCUAGCAGAGUGGACGCCGCCGAAAGAGGCGUUUGAGCACGAUGUGGUCAUGAAUGUCGCGGCGUUUUUUGAUGCCGUCAAGGGCGAGGGCGAGGUCGUGGUCUCCAGUAGGCCGAAGGUGCAGAGCCCUGGCAGGAGGCCCGGGAUUGAUAUUUCUGUGGCGGAGAUACGCAGGACCGAGGAGGGCAUGGAAAUCGUUAAUUGGAAUGAAAAAGCACUCACGAGCAUCAGUGAACGCCAUGACCCGGGACAUCCUGAAGCUCCCUCCACUUGCUCGGAGGUCUUCUGUAACAUGCUCGCCAUCGCCCACGGCGCCACAGUGCACCUGUACUCCUUGACCGCGUUUCUCCUCUCCUACCACGAUCCCACCGCUUCCAUUCCGCUUCCGACCCAGGACUCACCCUCGUCCAUCUGCAUCCUCAGAUCUGUGCGCAUAAGUGAGUACGUCGGCGCCGGCCGCAACGCCGGGAUCUCCGGUGGGAAGGAAUACCUCAUUGCGGGCACGCAGACGGGGGAUCUCUACAUCAUUUCGUCGCCGUCGAACCACUGCUCCGUGCGGCUGCCACUCUUCACCAGCGCGGUUGAGUCCGCAUACCUUCUCCCAUCGAACCUGGGCCGGCGCCUGCGCUCCACCCUGCUGGUCAGCUCCGAAGACGGCACCGCCUGCGUCGUCGAUGUCGAGAGGGCGCGGGUCAUGGUCAUGUUCCCGAGCCACGAGUGCUCGCGUCUCGAGGCGUUCGCGACCAAGCAGGGGAGGAACCUCCUUGCGCUCGUGUAUGAAGACGGGGUGCGCCGGGAGUGGAGCAUGGGCGAGGAGGAUGGCGGCGUGCUCGUCAACCCCCCGCCGUCGAGGGGGACAAGUAUUGCCGUGAGCACGCAAAUGUCCGUCGAGGAGCGAUCGGCAACAGCGUCGACAGGCUCGGAGAGUAUUUCCUCGGCAGACCGGGCUGCAGUAGAGUGGCGUGUCGUACACCUGCUGCAACUAGCCGUCGAUGAUGAGGAGGAGGGCAUGGCGAGCCCCGACGGAACACUGCAGCUCAUGGAUGACUUCUGCCGCAUUGGCCUGCCGACCGCCAGCAUCAGUGUUCGCGCGGUCCUGGCGGGGCUCGAGACGGCGAUCGAGACGGCGGCGCAGCGCAGUCGCAAAGCCGAACGCAGGGUCGUCGGGAAUCAUCCGGCCAUCGUGGCGGCGAAAAGUCUGCUGACCGCAUUGGUGCCCGGCGGGACCGAUCAGCUGUUUCUGGACGAUCACGUCGAGGAUGAUGAUGAGGAUGAGGAUGAGGACGCUGAUACCGGUGAGUGGAGGUUCGCGGUCGAUCAGUUCUUUUUCCAUCGGAAGCGGCCUGCAACACUUGGGCAGAUUGGCGCGGGCGGAAGAGUUUCGAUGCUCGCGCCCUCCGCAAAUCUUGGUGAAGAGGUUUCGCCCACGGUCACGUCCAUCAAGCUGCUGGCGGCCCUCGCGCUGAUCUCAGCGCUCCUGGAGGCGACGGGGAAGAAGGAGCUGAUGAAUACCGUGCUCGAGAAGAUGCUGCAGCGACAUCUGGGGAAGAAACAGGUUGCGCUGGGCGUGUUUGCGAAGUUCUGGUCGGAUGCGAACCCGCUGAUCAGAUGGGUUGCGCGGGAGUGUCUGGAUGCGUUCAUGAGUGCCCUGACCGAAGAGGAGAGGAAGGUUACCGUCGAGUAUUGGAGAGGUUAUCUCCCCUGCUUUGUCCCCCCGGAGCUAUCGUCUACGAAGGAGGUUGCCAGAUCGGUUAUUCUGCUCGGGAAACUCAUCUCGGAUUAUGAUGAUGAUCGAAGCUAUGAUGAGAGUUUGAAGAAAGCCGUAGCCCGUAGUGCGGAGCUUCUCCUCAACGAAGAAAAUCCACUCUACCAAGACACGGCGAUAGAAGUAAUCGGCUACUCAUGGUCCACCUUCGAGAAGCACUUUGACGCCUAUUCCGCCCUGCACAACCUAAUCCGCAUAUCCACGACCACCACCACCCCCGCGCGCCGCACAAACCUGCAUCGAUGCUUCAUCUCGAUCGCCUCUAAAAACAGUCUCCUCCUCGCCUCCAGUCUAGCAAACAACAUAAACCACCACACACCCACCUCGACACCCACCGCCUCCCUCGCCGCCACCACCCUCUCCACACUCGGCGCCCUCUCCACCGCCGCAAUCCACAUCGUCACCGCGAUCGCCAGCUCCUCGCCCACGCUCCUCCCCUCACCAGUACUCCACACGAUCCUCUCCGCCGUGAUCAAAACGCUCGAUCCCAACUCCGGCUUACGGGAAAAGAUCCUCCCCGCGGUCUCCACCCUCGUCGACACGCUCACAUCGGUGUACCACACCAUCGCCUUCCACCGGCCCACUCAGCGCCUCGCCAUCUCCGCCUCCCCCGCCACAAUCAUCGUCUACGACAUGAAAAACUGCUCCACCCUGCACAUCCUUGAUGGCCAUAAGGGACUGGCGAGCCAGCUCGCGUUCAGUACCGAUGGGAAAUGUCUCGCUGCAGUAGCGGAAAGUGAGCUGUGUGUUUGGAAGUUUGUAGGCGGCCUCCUGAGCUACCUCGGCACGGCGACUACCGGCGAGAGCGAUCGCUGCUUGCAGCCGAAGGUGAGGAGGAAGCUGGGCAAUGAGGUGGCGGAGGUGGCGGGAGAGGGGGCGGGAGAGGUUAGGUGGAUCGCUGAGAGGAGGGUGGUGGUCGGUGGGGUUGAGGUGGUGGUGUAAUUAACUGGGGACUGUAGACGG